GUAGCGAUGUGUGUGGGGUUCGGAGCGGCGCCGGCACAGCCGAAGGAAGCGGGCGAGUGGCGGCGGCGGGCACAGAUUCAUUGAAAGAAGAAUGAACUGUAAUCAUUGAAGCUAACUGGUCAAGUUUUCAAGUAUUAUUUUUGAUUGUAAAAGUUCAAGUGGAGGCAGAGGCUCUUUUUAUUGGUGUGAGGAUUUACAUAAGCCUUCGGUUUGUCAACACUGACCACCACACCAUCUUCUUUUUUAGAAAGAAUACUUUUUUAAAGAAUUAUUUUUUGGUGUUCUCAGUGGCAAAAAUUGAAUUUGGCUGCAUCAUUUUGACUUUUAUUUGAUUCUGGUUUGAUGAAACAAGUAAUCGCAUAAACUUUCCAUGUGUUUUGUUUAAAACGGCAAUAACAAAAACCAUUGCAUUGAACCUGGAAAUCUUGAAUUAAGAGAAUUGGUAACUUUAUUUUAAUACGUAUAUCUGAGGAAUUUAAGAAAACAAAGGUUUCCUGCCUCUUAAAAUUUAUAUUCUUUAUUAUUAGAGGCAAAAAGGACAAAUUUUAGAGCAUUUGCAGUGAAACCGUAUUAGAGUUUAAGCAGAACCAAAACAGAGUUGCAAAAUCUAUUGAGUAAGGAGAUCGGAAAUUUAAAUUUUCUAUGAGAGUAAGUUCCCAUAAGUAUUUGUACAUACAUUGCUUUUCUCUCUUCAAAGGAGCAACAAAAUAAAAAUGCCAGUUUCAGACUUAAUUAUUUAAAACAAUCGUUUAGCAAUGGAAAAUCUACAGACAAAUUUCUCAUUGGUUCAGGGCUCAAAUAAAAAACUGAAUGGGAUGGAAGAUGAUGGCCCUCCUCCAGUGAAAAAAAUGAUGACAGACAUUCAUGCAAAUGGAAAAAUGAUGAUAAACAAAAUGCCAGCAGUUAAGAAGGAACACUUGGAAGACUAUGGGGAAGCACCAAUGGAAACAGAUGGAGAGCACGUCAAGCGAACCUGUGCCUCUGUGCCUGAACCUUUAAAUUUAAAUCCCAGUUUGAAACACACAUUGGCACAAUUCCAUUUAAGUAGUCAGAGCUCUUUGGGUGGACCGGCGGCAUUUUCUGCACGGUAUUCCCAAGAAAGCAUGUCACCUACUGUAUUUCUGCCCCUUCCAUCUCCUCAGGUUCUUCCUGGCCCACUGCUCAUCCCUUCUGAUAGCUCCACAGAACUUACCCAGACUUUGUUGGAGGGGGAGUCUAUUUCAUGCUUUCAGGUUGGAGGAGAAAAGCGACUCUGUUUGCCCCAAGUCUUAAAUUCUGUGCUCCGAGAAUUUUCACUCCAGCAAAUAAAUACUGUGUGUGACGAAUUGUACAUAUAUUGCUCGAGGUGCACUUCAGACCAGCUUCAUAUUUUAAAAGUCCUGGGAAUACUUCCAUUCAAUGCUCCAUCCUGUGGGCUGAUCACAUUAACUGAUGCACAAAGACUUUGUAACGCUUUAUUGCGACCACGCACUUUUCCUCAAAAUGGUAGCUUGCUUCCUGCUAAAAACUCAUUGGCCCAGUUAAAGGCAAAUGGCAGUGCUUUUGAAGUGGAACAUGAAUGCUUGGGCAAAUGUCAGGGUCUGUUUGCACCACAGUUUUAUGUUCAGCCUGAUGCUCCAUGUAUUCAGUGUCUGGAGUGCUGUGGAAUGUUUGCACCCCAGACGUUUGUGAUGCAUUCCCACAGAUCACCUGACAAAAGGACUUGCCACUGGGGCUUUGAAUCAGCCAAAUGGCAUUGCUAUCUUCAUGUGAACCAAAAAUACUUAGGGACUCCUGAAGAAAAGAAACUGAAGAUAAUUUUAGAAGAAAUGAAGGAGAAAUUUAGCAUGAGAAAUGGAAAGCGAACUCAAUCGAAGACAGAUACUCCAUCAGGAAUGGAAUUACAGUCAUGGUAUCCUGUUAUAAAGCAGGAAGGUGACCAUGUUUCUCAGACACAUUCAUUUUUACACCCCAGCUACUAUUUAUACAUGUGUGAUAAAGUAGUUGCCCCGAAUGUCUCUCUUACUUCUGCUGUAUCCCAGUGUAAAGAGGUCACAAAGACAGAUGCAAGUAGGUCCAUACUAAGACAUUCAGAUAAGCCUCACAAUAGUGGCAAACAUCAAAAAACAGUAUCUUAUCCAGAUGUCUCACUUGAGGAACAGGAGAAAAUGGAUUUAAAAAGAAGUAGAGAAUUAUGUAGCCGUUCAGAUUCAUCCAUCUCAAACAAUUCUACAAGUAAAAAGAAACCCGAAUCUACCACUUACAACUUAAUUAGAGACACAGGCAAGACGGGAAUUGGCCAUGAUGCUGCAGUUUUAUCUCCACUUCUUGUUAAAGAUGUCACUUGUGAGGAUGAUAAGGGAAAAAUAAUGGAAGAAGUAAUGAGAACUUAUGUAAAACAACAGGAAAAACUGAACUCAAUUUUGCAGAAGAAGCAACAACUUCAGAUGGAAGUGGAAAUGUUGAGUAGUUCAAAAGCGAUGAAGGAACUCACUGAAGAACAGCAGAAUUUACAGAAAGAGCUUGAAUCUUUGCAGAAUGAACAUGCUCAAAGGAUGGAAGAAUUUUAUGUUGAACAGAAAGAUUUAGAGAAAAAAUUGGAGCAGGUAAUGAAGCAAAAAUGUACCUGUGACUCAAAUUUAGAAAAAGACAAAGAGGCUGAAUAUGCAGCACAGUUGGCAGAGCUGAGACAGAGAUUGGACCAUGCCGAGGCUGAUAGGCAGGAACUCCAAGAUGAACUCAGACAGGAACGGGAGGCAAGACAGAAAUUAGAGAUGAUGAUAAAAGAACUAAAACUGCAAAUUUUGAAAUCAUCAAAGACUGCUAAAGAAUAGAAACCUUUUAAAGAGAUUCUUCUGUGUAUUCUUGACACGGUUUUUGUUGGUUUGUUUUGGUAACUGAAUUCUGAACAAACUUAUCUGCAUGAAGAUUAACAAGGCAUUCUAUCCAUUUGUAGAUUAGAGAAGGUAAAGAGAUUAUAUAUAUUAGUACAUAAAUUUUUACAUUUUCCAAAUGAAUGAAAAUGUGUUUCUUUGUACUUUUUUUUUCCCAACCAACUUAGUAACAAUAUUCUGGUAACCUGCCUAUAUUUCUAAUGCAAACUUAACAGUUGUAUAUAUUUUUUUAAAGCUGCAUUGUAUGGUGGAAAAUAGCUGUGGUCAUUUUUGUUGUCCAUAUUUCAGAUUCAGUUUUAGAUAAAAUGGUGGCUUCAUAUUUCAAAUAUAUAGAGCUAUUCAAGGAGUUGAAUCUUUUUAUUUUCAUAAUUUGAUAUAUUCAUCAUUAUUCACCAAAUGUUGCUUUUAUUUUAUUCAGAUUUGGAAUGAAUUUCCACCAGUUCUCUUCUUUUUAAUGUCUUCUAAGAGACAUUUUGUGAAAAGAGGCAUUCAUUUAUGAGCUUACAGCACACCCUGUGGGCACAAUAGGGAAGGAUAAAUGCUUUAUGCACUGCUGCUCAAAACAAGCAGUUAUAAUUUGUUUUCUCCAUUUAAAUGUUAUAUUUAGGAAAUGUUUUUAUGUAGCAACUUCAGAAAAGGGAAUAAAAAGUAAUAAAUUUCUGAAUUUUUGUUAUGUUGUUAAUAGUGGUGUGAAAACAAAUGUUCUUGAGUAACUGAAAUUGAUACACAUGAGUUUCUAUAGAAUUCAUAAUCUUCUUGUACAGUUUUUAUAUGUUAUGGAUCUUAUUGAAAUUUAUAUAAUGGAUUUGUUAUCCUUAAUGAAUUUUUCUUUAAGUUGUAAAAUAUUAAACACCUUGGGUUUAUCUUGGACUUUUGUAUGUUUAAAUGUCUUACCAAAACUUGCACGAAUGGACCAUUUUCAAUUACUACUUAAUAUUAAAAUCAUGAAUUUACAGUCAGUUGAUAAGUGUAUGAUAGGUUAAUAUAGGAAAGAUUAGGUAAUCUGCUACUAAAAGGUGUUCAGAUAAUUUUUAGAAGAUGAAGGAAUUCCAUGGUUUGGGGAGGGGCAAUAGCUGCACUUUUCUUUUUUUUGCACAGAAAAGUCUGUCAUUCUUCAAUGGCAUAUUUCAUCUGAAUUGGUUCUUGGUUUAAAAGAUACUGGGUAAAAAUCUUAAUAUGCAUUUUUUUAAAGGAAGUUUUCUGAAGCUAUCAUUAAUUGACAUUACCCAAUGAAUUUUAUGUUUCCAUAUUCUUUCAUAAGGUACUAUAUGAAAUUACUUAAGAGAGCUAAUUUUAUUUUUAAAAUAAAUUAGCUAGAGUUAAGGUUAUAUACUAUUCCCAGGAUAGAAAGUAGAUACUCUAAUGGUGGGAACUUAAAAUCACUAGGUUAUCAUUUAAUUAGGCAGUUUCAUAUUUUGCUUAAUGAAUGGUACUUACAUAUCCAAAAAGAAUUUUUGUACUCCCAAAGUAUAGUUUCUUUACUAAAUGGUGUAUGCCCUAAGUACGUAUUUUUUGUUUUCCAUUUAAAUCUUGGUCUAUUAGUCCUGUAAUUAAUUUGUUGAUUCUUGGAAUCUCUUCAAGUUGAGGAACAAGUGUUAAAAUGACACAUAGGAAUACAUGUUAAAAGUUACAUACCCUCCCAAUAUCUUUUAUUUAGGUCUGGAAAAAGAAAACUUACAAAGACAUAUAUGAUAUAGUUUCAUUUUAGUUGUGAAUUAGUCAAGUGUCACAGUUCAGCUCUUUUGGGAAACAAAUUCAGGCUGCUAUAAUUUCAUUUAUUUUUUUAGUCGACUCAAAACCUUUCUGCUUAUGUUACUUAGUAAAGGAUAAGCUUACUUAAUUUUCAACUCAGAACUUCUAAAUUAAAUUUAUCUUUGAAAUGCGUUAUUUAAAAAUGUUUGAAUGGUGUUUAAACACCAUUAGAAUUAUGAUUGACUCAAUUUAGAAUUAAGUAAAGAAAUAUUUUUUCUGGUCCUUCACAUAAUGAAAACUUGCCAUGUGACAUUGUAUCGUCUUCAUUUUACAGAAGAUAUAUUGAAAUGCCAUAAGUUUCCAUCUAACUUCCUUGAAAGUAGUUUUUAAUCAAUUGUAAAUAUUAUAUCUGUUCUAGUUAAAAGUAAUUUUAAGUUAAACUACCAUGUAGCUUGAAAACAAUAGAGAAGUUUUGUAACACAUUAAAGUGGCCUCUGCUGAAAUAUCCAUGUAAAUUCUUGUAUUCUUUGCAUGCUCAUUUUGUGUGUUGAUUGCUAGCCUAAAGUUUGUUUUGGCGUUAGUUUUUGCGUGCCAGAUUUGUUAGGCAAGCAGAUAUUUUCCUCUGACUUCACAAUAUUACUCUUUUUAGGAAAAAUAUAAAAAUGUUUACUUUAAAAAGCUGCAUUAAAGGAAUGGCCUACAAAAAGUUCUGCUAGAGCAUCUUUAGAAGGAAGAAAAGAGCAUUUUACCUUACUGGGUGAUGGGUGAUAUUAAUCUGGGUGUUGUUAAUUUCUAUACUCUGUAAACAUUAUGAGAAAAAUAUACCAAAUCUAUAAAUGUAGUAAAUGUUUAACCUGUUAUUGAGGAAGCUCUAAACCAUCCUAAUUCACAAGUGCAGCUUGUAACACUAUAAAGGGAUUUAACCAACAACUUAAGUUUGGCUUCUACUUUAGUUUUUAUGAAGCAUAUUCUUUUGCUUGGGUUUCUGUGUUCAUGAGAUGAUGUUUUACACUUCUUGAACUAAUUUUAUAAUGUAUUUAAUAUAUUAACAGUUUAGAUAUAAAAUCAUUUGUACAUAUUGAACUAUAAAGCAGUUAUUACUAAAAUAGGUGAAAUAAAGUGAGAAACAUUAUAUUUGCAGGCUAUCCAUAUAUUUUAGAAGUCAUGGCAGAAAAACCAGUUCAUUUGCACGUUUGUGGCUUCGAUUUGAAAGAGUGAAAUUAUGAGCAAACUGAAGUAAUAUGAAAAGUGCUAGAAUUAAUUGCAAAAUCAGUGCUGAAGGUUUUUGAUCAGCUUCUAAAAUUUUCUCAAUGUUAAGGCUUAUGUUUCAGUUACUUAGGGAAGAAUCCUCAUUUUUAUAAAAUUGCUGUUUAUGCAUUUAAUCCACAUGACAGAACAUUAAAAAUAAUGUAAUAAAAGAUUGUGCUCAUACUGUACAUCUAUUUCUGUGCUUAGAACUACUUGUUAAUAGUUUUUAUUGAUGCUGUCAGCAAUAAGGGACAUAAAACUGCUGUAUUAUACAUUGUGGAAUUGAAUAAUUUGAACUGCUGAAGUUUUUUUCUAGAAUAGGAUACCUAACCAUUUCCACUAUAGGAAGAAAUCAUAUGAAUAUUUUAUAUUGCAUCUCGUUUAAAAGGACAGUCUUUUAUUUUUAGGUAAAAAUCUUUCCAUUAGAUAUCUUCUAGUACAAUUUGGAGUCUGUUUCUUUAGUAAUAGAAUUAAAUGUUUGUGUAGUGCUACUAUUUUUGAAUUAGAAAGUGAGCAAAUGUAAAGACUGAAAUUUUAAAAAUUAAGCCCAGAAAACAAAAUAGUGUAAGUUUAUUGUAAGAGAAAUUUAUAAGAUUUUUUCUUCAGUAUAGAUACCUCACUUGAAAAUAAUGAAAGCACAGCAUAUUUAAAGUAGUUUUAAUAAAAAGGUUCUACUAAAAGAACUGCUAAAUCUAGGACACCUUUGAGGAUUUAUAGUAUGUGAGAAAUAAAAUAUGACUGCUUUUAAUCACUUAGAUGUUUUUGUUUAUCUUGAUCAUUUUAAGCCAACACAGUAAUCUUUUAUUUAUGAAUUUCUAAUCUGAAGCAGUAGUGAAAUACUGUUCUGCAACUGUUGAAACGAAUCAUUGACUGCAUUGAAUAUAAUUCAAUUUAAAUUUUGCCAAUGAUGUACAGUUUUACGCUUAAAAUUGCUGUGGUUGGUUGCAUUACAUGACGCAAAACUGUCCUCUACCUCACAUGAAAUAAAAUAUUUUAUAUAGUUUUACUAAAAGGUAAGACUCAUCUAUCUGGUCACUUAGUUUACAAAUUUUGAAUUAUAUUUAUUGAAACAUGACAUACUGUGCUCUUAGAUUAUACCUCAAUUGUAUUUUGUGCUGUUUUCCAUUUUCAUGCCUUGUAAAUAACUUGUAUAGAUUGUGGAUUAAGUUCCAAAUAAAAACUUGUAAUGCCAACCAAA